UCCUGGCUAGGCGACUGAAUGGGCAGAAGUGCGGCGCGGUGGUCGCGUCUAGAUGACGUAGCGGCACAGCAUUGGCGGAAGGGUUUAGAGCUGCGGCAUGGCUUCGGUGGUACUGAGUGAGGCAGAGAAGGUUUACGUUGUGCACGGGGUACAGGAUGAUUUGCGGACAGAUGGCAGAGGAUGUGAAGACUACAGAUGGAUUGAAGUGGAGACUGAUGUUGUGUCAAACACUACUGGAUCUGCCCGCGUAAAAAUCGGUCACACAGAUGUACUGGUUGGAGUCAAAGCAGAAAUGGCGACACCUAAGUUAGAUCGGCCAUGUGAAGGGUUCUUGGAGUUUUUUGUGGACUGUUCAGCAAAUGCGACUCCAGCGUUUGAAGGUCGUGGGGGAGAAGAGCUUGGCACAGAGAUUGCAAAUAUGCUGUACAAGGUGUUUGAUAACAAGAGCAGCAUUGACCUUGAAUCCCUCUGCAUUUUGCCAAGAGAGCACUGCUGGACUCUUUAUAUUGAUGUUCUGCUUGUGCAUUGUGGUGGAAACCUGUUUGAUACCAUAUCUAUCGGUGUGAAAGCAGCCCUAUUUAAUACAAGGAUCCCUAAAGUGAGUGUUUUGGAAGAUGAUGGAGGAAACAAAGAAAUUGAACUGUCAGAUGAUCCUUAUGACUGCAUGCGGCUUAAUGUAGAGAACGUCCCGUGUAUUGUCACACUAUGCAAAAUAGGUCACCGACAUGUGGUAGAUGCCACCUUGCAGGAAGAGGCCUGCUCUUUGGCCAGCGUCCUUGUUGCUAUAAACAUCAAAGGCACCCUGACUUGCAUGAGAAAAAUGGGCAAAGGAAGCUUGGAUCCUGAAUGCAUCUUUGAGAUGAUUGAGACAGGAAAACGUGUUGCAAAGUCCUUGCACUUGUCCCUACGGAAUGUGUUAAAUCAGGAGGAAAGUAUGGGGAAAAAAAGACAAACUAUUGGCUUUCUGAAGUAACCUUUCAAAGCAUUUUUUGUGUUCUUCAAGUAAUAAAGAGUUAUUUUUACACUUUAACUGUUAAAUUGGAAA